AUGGCCACCAAGUCCAGCGCUCCUAAUUCUCCUACCUCUCCUACCUUUCCUGCCUCUCCUACGACUCCUGUCUCCCCUACCACCCCCUAUCCGGGGCUGGAUGUGCCCCGUCCUCCCUCCGUUGGCGGAAUUUCCUCUCGCAUGACAGAUAUCAUCUCCGAAGAUGGAGACCAGUCCGUCCCGCUCUCGCCCACUGGGACCUCCUCUCAGCUAGGAUGGUCGCAAGCUCCCACAUCGAGAAGAGGCUCUCAGCCGGGAUGGUCACAGCCCCCCGCAUCGAGAAGAGGCCCGCCGCCGACGAGGGCGAAUUCGAUAGCCACCGCAUCGGGCCGGCCAGGAAGUUCGUCCAGUCGCGUGAGUCGGAUGAGCAAGACACACGUUCCUUCGCUUACCUCGCAAGCUUUCCUUCGGCCCAUGAGUUCUCAAAGACUGCAAGCACAUCGUGGCGGGAGACCGGCAGGGCAGGGUGCAGCAGCGUCAGAAGACGUGGAGGAUGAGGCGAGUCAGAACCGCAGGAGUUUGGUCUCGAAUAGUACGAUCCGUCAAGGUGUCGGCGCGCAGGGCGAUGUCGAAGUUCCUCCGUCGCGUGGAACAGAAUUUACGGAUCCGAUCAUACCUGAUAGGAAUACGUCCAAUGCAAGUCCCACUGGAAACACCACGGUAAGGAGUCUCGGCGAAAGCGUCAGGCUGCUGCACGAGCGUGAGAAGAAGCCAGCGCCGACUCAUCUGAACAUUACGAAGACAUACAACCCAGGAUCCAUGAAUGAUCCUCCUCAGAAAUCGCCCUUGUCAUUCAGGUCGGGGUUUCUCUCUUUGCACAACAAGAAUGAAGACCAAGGGCGUCCUGAUAGCGGAGGACAUGAACGACUGUCGUCAACGGCAUCAUCUUCGCGCAGAUCCAUGAAAGGACAGCCUCCUCCUCCUUCUCCAAAGAAGAAUCUCGGCAAGAACUACGAGUAUUUUACGGGAAACACAUUCUUCUGGGGCCGUGGCAGGUUCCAGAAUGCCCGUGAUAAGCCAAUCAAUAUAAUCACAGGCAUUCUUGUAGUCUUGCCGUCUGGAUUAUUUUUUGGUUAUUCCGCAGGGCACCGUGGUUAUGGCAUCAUGUGUCACCCGCGAUUCCCAUCAUCUUCGCCUAUCUAUUCUAUUUGUGCAUGUCGUCCUUUCUACACGCUUCUACCAUGGACCCUGGGGAUUGCUGACUCGCCCUUGAUAAAGAUCUUUCCUCGGAAUUUACACCCUAUGCCAUUGGCAGAUCCCUCAGAAGACCCCCUGACACUCGGCCCUCCCACAAACGACUGGGUUAUGGUUAAGCUGGCUACAUCUGAUGUUGCUGCCAUGGAUGUGCCGGUCAAGUAUUGCAAAACAUGCAAUAUCUGGCGCCCUCCCCGUUGCUAUCACUGCCGUGUGUGCGACAACUGUGUGGAGACGCUGGACCACCACUGUGUCUGGCUGAACAACUGUGUUGGGCGCCGCAACUAUCGCUACUUCUUUACCUUUGUCAGCUCUGCCACGAUCCUUGCCUUAUAUCUGAUUGGCGCCUCCCUCGCCCAUAUACUUUUAUAUUGCGACGAGGAGAAUGUUUCUUUCAAGGAGUCGAUUAACAAGUGGAGAGUGCCGUGGGCCAUGGUAAUCUACGGCGUCCUUGCUUUCCCUUAUCCUGGGUCACUUUGGGCAUACCAUCUCUUCCUCAUGGGCCGUGGCGAGACUACAAGAGAGUAUCUGAAUUCCCACAAAUUCAAGAAAGCGGACCGCCACCGGCCUUUCACCCAAGGGAAUUUCCUGCGAAACUGGAUCGCUGUUCUGGCCCGACCGCGGCCUCCCACGUACUUGCAGUUCAAACGACCCUACGAGCCGGGAGAUCAGCGUUUUGCGACGCAGAAGCGCAAGUAUCUGGUCAAGGAUCUCGAAUCUCAGGCAGGAAUGGAGAUGCAGACGGUCCCGCCUGCUCCUGCACCCUACGCUCCAUCGAGCUCGCAGAACCCUCAAGAUGCGAAUCCCGCUGGACAGCAGCGAGCCUAA